UGUCCCAAUACUUUUGUCUUUAUACUUUUAUAUAGUGUUGGGUAUUUAACCUCUGACAAUUUAUAUAGGAGAUGUUUUAUGUUUUUACAGAAGAUCUUUGUAUUUCGUGUGAGCUCAUAAAACGACGCCUUGUUCUCAGGUUUUCACUGGACAGGAAGGAUAUGGAAAACAAUAAAAAUGUGAAAAGUAACCAGUGACCAUAUCAAUAGAAUGUGGAGUAGAAAAACAGUAUUCGCCUCUGAGAUGCAGCGGAUUUAAAACAUAAUACUGUCUUGUUUCUUCUGAGCUGCGGACGUCAUAAAACACGCCACCUUCAUCACCAUCUCAUCCUCAUCAUCUCCAGGUCUCGGACGUCAGCACUGCGUACGCGUUCACGAUGUAAACCGCCGCGUACUCUCUGACGUCAUCGCCCUCCGAUCACCCGAAAUCCCUGAUAGCGCGACGCGCGUUCCCGCUCGGCUCUGAAUGGGGGCUCAGUCCAGCUUCUGACAGCGAGUCCAGUUGUACCAGCGUAGCCGCCACGGUCCCACUCAUCCAGUCUGGUCCGCUGUGCUCAGACGCACCGGUAGUCAACGGCCCUGCUCCUCCGGUACUUCAGCACAUUCAUUCAGGCUGUGUGGUGGCGCUCUGACAGCCCACUUAGUUCGGAAUGAGAAAUGAUGGCCGGCUCUGCAGCAGAGGAGAAAACCUUCCGACGGUUCCUGGAGCUCUUUCUCCGGGAGAUGAGAAUGCCUCUGCAGGAGAGCGACCCGGUGCCGAUGCGCCCCUUGUCGGACCUGGUGACCGAGGACGAGGUGGAGGGGGAGUGCCUCGACCUGUGUCUCCAGCACCUCUACAAAUAUAACUGCCCGUGCUCCCUGGCUGCAGCCCUGGCCAGAGCCACAGCUGACAGCAUGCUGCAGACGGACCUCUCCAUCCACCACCUCAAUAAGACUGUGGAAGAUGGAGCUGACCCAUUACCACAGAUGGACUCUGUGAAGCUGGCCCGCCUGGUGUUUAACAGACUCUUUGAGAUGUGCUGCCUCUGGCUGAAGGAGCUGCCCUUCCGCCGCCGUCCACAGCCGUACUACGAAACGUCCAUCCACGCCAUCAAGAACAUGAGGCGCAAGAUGGAGGACAAGCACGUCAUCAUCCCCGACUUCAACACACUCUUCAACGUUCAGGAUCAGGAGGAACAGGCUUACUUUGCUGUGUUUGACGGUCACGGCGGCGUGGAUGCCGCCAUUUAUGCUGCCAACCACCUCCACGUCAACUUAGUCCAUCAGGAAUCCUUCAGCCAGGACCCGAGCGAGGCGCUGUGCAGAGCCUUCAAACUCACCGAUGAAGGCUUUGUGAAGAAGGCCUCACGAGAGCACCUGCGCUGUGGCACGACAGGUGUGGUGACGUUCCUGCGGGGUCGGACGUUGUAUGUGGCCUGGUUGGGGGACUCCCAGGUCAUUCUGGUCAGGAGAGGCCAGGUCGUGGAGCUGAUGAAACCACAUAAACCAGACAGAGAGGACGAGAAGCAGAGGAUCGAGGCUCUGGGCGGCUGUGUGAUCUGGUUUGGCACAUGGAGGGUUAACGGCAGUCUGUCUGUAUCCAGAGCAAUCGGCGACUCGGAGCAUAAGCCCUACAUCUGUGGUGAUGCAGACCAUAGCAUCUUUCCACUGGACGGUUCUGAAGACUACCUGAUCCUGGCCUGUGAUGGCUUCUGGGACACAGUGAGUCCAGAUGAGGCGGUGCGGGUGGUCAGCGACCACCUCCAGGAGAACGCUGGAGACACCACCAUGGUAGCCCACAAGCUGGUGGCCUCAGCCCGUGACGCAGGUUCUAGUGAUAAUAUCACUGUUAUAGUGGUCUUCUUGCGGGACCCACGUUCCCCGCCACCCACCAGCACGGAGGACGAUGAGGAGGGUGUGGUGGAGGGAGAGGCUGAGCAGGAGGAGGUAGCGGAGGUGGAGGAGGAGGAACAGGAGGAGGAGGAGGAAGAGGAAGACGAGGCAGUCAGGGCAGAACGCGAUGGUGGUGAAGGAGGCAGCACUGCGGACAUCGGGGGAAAGGGUCGCGGAGGCUGGCCCCUGCAGCAGUGCUCGGCCCCUGCUGACCUUGGCUACGAAGACCGAACAGACUCGUUCACGGACAGAACCAGCCUCAGCCUGCUGGGGCCUUCGCUGGAGGGCCGUAUCUCUCUGACCCAGGGCUCGUGGCAGCCCUGCUCCGAAUUUAGCCCCGACCUCUUCACAUCCACCCAUAUUUAUCGAGGAGAGCGUCGUCUGAGGCGCAGGUCCUGUAUCCCAUUUCAGGAGCCCAGCAUCUCUAGCUUCACGGACCCAUUGUGGCCCCAGACAGCCAUGCUGUUAAACCAGGCAGCGAGGCGAAGCCGCAGGCUCGGUUAUGGAAGUCGCCGAUGGGGGCGAAGGUGGCCAGGCACAUCCAAGCAGCUGCUAGGCCUGUUGCCAUCUGGCCAUUUGCUGCCGCACAUCGAGCGCUACUCCAGCCGGAGGCCUGGAGUGGCAGUGCCUCAUCUGCCCCACGAUACCACCAUCUGAAGAGGUGACCCAAACCAACCCAUCUCCUUCAUUUACUCAGUCCUGCUCCCUGCCCCUCAGCCCGCCCACCCACUUACCCACCUCUGCCUUCAACAACACGUCUUUCUUUGAUAGUAGGUAGUUGUGGCUCCUGCAGUUGUUAAGUGAUUAUUGAAUCUCUGUUGGAGGAACGGUGCUCUCUGCCCGAAGACGAAAUGUUUCCAAAUGUAAAGUGGUCCACCAAACACAAGCCCUGCUCUUAACGAUGUAGGUAAAGCUCAAAAGUGUAGCCUGACCAUUGAUCAGAAAUGCAGGUUAAUAAGAUAUGUUCAGAAUAAUCUCAGAGGCUGUCUUUACUUGAUGAAAAGGUUAUGGAGAGGGUUCCAGCAGUUUCAGGUGAACUCUAACAUCAGUUCCAUGGAGCUGUCACAUAACAUACUUUGGAGCUUAAGUCUGUUUUAGAAGACAAAAGCUCCUCUGCACAAACUGAGGCAUUCACUUGCAUUCAGUCUGAACACUAAUUUAUUUGCUUGGCCGCUCCACACUCUCGGCAGCAUCUUUCCACAUUAAUUCUGUAUUUUGGACCACAAAUAACAGCGUUGUAGAUCUAUAUUCUUACUUGCAAGUAAAAAUAUACACUGCUUGGCCCAAUCAAUGCGGAGACCUGACCAUUAGACCCGUGUGAUAGCUGAACAUGAGCGUUAAUACACAAUGUCAUAACAAGCUUGUCUUCUUUGAAAUCUUUCCUCAACAUUUAGGAACCUGCCUGCUCCAUUUCAACAAUCGCAUUAGUAGGGCUGGCAGCUGACUGUAAUGUAUACACAGAUACGUUUGUUAAGAUUAUCAUAGCUGAACGCGGGCCGAUAAAUCAGGUCAUGCUCUAAGCUGAAGAAGAGCUCAGCCUUCCUAAAACUGUUGUAGCAGCGCAACAGCACUGAGACUCCCCUUCACUGGAACUAAAUUGCCCAAAAAAUAUAUACAGAAUGCUUGUGUGUGUCAUCACUUCCACAUUAGGAAGUGCGAAUCCAAGCGAGAGGACGUACCACAUACCAGCAGAGUGACAGAGGUUGCGUGAUCGCUCAGCUUCAUCAAUUGUCUUUCCUUCUAUUAAAUGUUGGCCAGGUGUAAAUGCAGGUCGAGGUAGUGCACGUCUUUUGUCUUGCCGUCGAGAACGUUGAGCGACCGAGCACUACAUUAAGCUCUAAUGGCCUAGCUGGCCUCUUUGUUCCCCUCAGCAGUCUUUUGGUUGCAGAUGAAUAAAGUUCAUAGAGGAGGCCAGAACAAUAGUUGCUCCUGGUCUCUGGGACUGAAGGCACAUGCUGUUCUUUCUCCUCCCAUAAAGUCAAUGACCCAGCCAUUAUCCAGCCACAAUUUGUCCACAGAUAAAAGCACUUAACACUGGAUUAUAAAAGAUUAGCAGUCACUUACCUGAAUAAAUGCUUCAUGUAGUCCAGUAUUCCAGAUGGGGAUAUACUCCUGGGAUUUUUCUUUCUUUCUUUUUGUUUUAUCAGGGUUGGGGUAUUGAAAAAUAGAUUUUUGUCAUAGUUGUUGGGCCACAUAGUUAUUGCAAGUAUUCCAAGUGUAUUUAUUUUUAUCUCCUUGUACACAAAACCCACUGAUAAGUGCAAACCAUUUAAUAUUGGGCCAGGAUGGCUGAAAGCUGCAGAACAUGUGCCUUCCAUAUGUUGUACUAAAGCCUACUUCCUCCAUACACAUAUUCUGCAAUUACUGAAUUAACUUGUUAAUAUCACCAACAAGGACAAGUCUGGCUUGUACUUAAAGUAGGGGCAUAUCAGUUACUCUGUUUGACAUUACACACAGUUAUUUGCUUUCUUACCAAGAGUAAGACGAGACGUUUGGUACCACUCUCAUGUUUGUAAGCUAAAUAUGAAAUACAACCAGCAGCUGAUUAGCUUAGCUUAACUGAGCUCUGAAACAGGGGGAAACAGCUAUCUUGGCUCUGUUCACAUGUACACCAGUUUGGUUUUGGCCUCUAUCUUUUAGUAGGACGUUUGUAGCAAUUAAAUGUAACAAAGAGCCUCUUGCAGUAGAAAAUCAGCGACAGUCGUCUGCCAGUCUAAAGUCUUGCAGCAGAGCGUGACUGCAAAAUUGGCUCUUUUCAAAUGUAAAAAUAAAUAAAAUAUCCGGCCACAAUGUUUGGUUAUUACAUUUCUAUUUGUUUAUUGAUUAAAAACAACAUACACUGUGUUAAUUUAUGAAUUUAAGAGAUUAGGUGGUGCUCGGUAGAACCUUUGAAUAGAACUCAUUCCAGUCUUUAUGCUAAGCUAAGCUAAUCGACUGCUGGCUGUACAGUAGUUUCAUUUUUAGCAUACAGACAUGUCAAGCUUUUCAUGAAGAAAGUGAAGGAGGCCAUUUCAGAGUCCUUCAAAUAACAUGAAGAGAAUCUGCUGCGCCUCAGUCGCUUGAGGUACGACGGCAAAGUUUUCUAUCUUUGAAUAAAGUUGUGGUGUUAACAGCCCUUCUGCAACAACACAGUAUUACACAGCUAACAUCCUGCUAGAUAGCUGCUGCCAGUUUAAUCCGCUGAGGCUGGCUCCCGUGGCCCUACGCUGCCUUUAUAAUUGGAUCUUUCUCUGAUCUGAUCUAGAUUCUUCAAUGGAGUGUCCCAUCUCUGCUGUCUAACACUGUGCUGACAGUGCUGCACUUCGGUUAUGUUAGCAAGUGAUAGGACUGUUCGGUCUGACAGCUUUCAUGAGACUGCGCUCGUCCAUAACAUCUUGCGACUCUAUCUAUAUUCACUGGUUUCGUAUAUCUAACACCAAAUCAUAAUUAAGUAACAACUAUGUAAUCAUGAAAUAAUAUUCCUCAUACUGAUUUAUAUGAUAAAAUAUAAUAGCAUUUUUACCCACUUAACCAAAAUACGGAAAACUUUAAAUGUGUAACUUUCAGUCGAAUACACACAAUAGCAUUGCUGUAACUAAUAAACAAACUUGAUGACUAUAAACUUACUGUACCAGACCAUUGCUUUGAAACUAACUAAACCCCAAAGUUUCCUAGCUCUAACAGUCAUUCAUUUCCAUUUUCAAAGUCCGGAAACUGCCCCUGUUCCUGCUAUAUAUUUAAUUUGCUGCUGCAAGUGACUGUUCUCUAAGCCCCGCCCCGCUCAGGUACUGGAGGUACCACACCUGUCAAGCUGCCCAUUCUCGCAUGGUACACACGCAGCUUAAAAUGAUAACAGCAGCAGAUUCACACAUCAAAAUUCCAAAUAUUUUUUGAAAUAGCAAGUCCUCAGUUUCACACAGACAAACCGGGCAAGCAACCGCCGAAUUUGGCUGACAUGACAGCUGUCACUAGCAUAUUUAAUUCUAGCUAGCUAGCUUAUUAGUUUUUGCUCAGUGAGUUGGUUGAAAACUCAGACAGGUUGAUUUCAAAACAACUCUGUAAUAUAUCUGGGGUCUUAAAUAUGUCCUUGAUGGCUACAUGCUGUAUAUUGCUAAAGGUCUGAGGCUAAAGCUACAAGUCCCAGGCAAAAUGUUAGCAUCUUCAUCAGAUAAUCCACCACAAAGGCACUGAAGUUAAAGUACUGCAUUGUUUUUAUUCUGAAUGUGCACUAGUUGUACAGUCAUUGGUAAAAUACAAGAUCAGAUAAUAAAAGUCUGUCUUGAUGCUUAGCUUUAGCAGUAUGUUGCUAAAAAGAAAUGUAGAUGAAGGCCAACUGAGAUGUUUGACAACAGUAAUCACACUAUUCUGAGAUACAGCUGGUAUCAUCCAGCUCUGGCACCCACCCAGUGGGUAAAUACUGAACAGCAGAUAAUCCCACAAAAUUAUGUAACUAGCUAUGGAUACUCUGGUCGUCUUUGGGAGUAACUCUUUGUUGGUGUUACUGCUGUUGGUAGUAACCAAUUAGUCAACAUUUAGCUAGCAUUAGACCAGAUAAACACACUGUUUAAUAGAUUUCCUUACACUUUUCUCUUGUGUUGUUGGGCUUGUUAAAAAAAAUACCAUACCAACUAUUGCUAUAACUACAUCCCCAUGGACACUGUUUGGCCAAUCACUGUUCGGGGGUGGGGUUUUACCGAACAGUCAUUUAGACACAUUAAUCCCUACCUAAAAUUCCCUAACUUUGUAAUGUCUUCAUUCUCCAUUGUUUGGCUGAUGUAGUGACUGUCCACAUGUCAGGGUGUUAUCAAUGACCAGGUUUUCCCACUUUCCUGGCCCUGUUCACUGGCUGAUGAAACACCCAGAAGGUGUGAUAUCAAAACAGGUGACUAAUCAGACCACAGGCUCUGGUUUUGUCAUCCUUUACACAGAAAACUAUCACCUUCCCUUUUUCAGUCUCGCAGGUAGAUGGGGACUCACCUUAAAGUGAGAGCCCCAUCGCUGCAUUUCACUCUCCUGUAAACAUCCCGUGGACUGACUGGUGAAGAGCAUCAGACUGUCAGUGGAGCAGAAUGUACCUCAUGUCCCGGAACGUCCUCAGAGACUCGGUGAAGUGGGUCGUCAUGAGGUGGUGUUUCUUUGGGAAACUGUUCUUCCUGGGGGGCAUCUAUCUGUGAGGAAUGUACUGUCGAGACACUCAAACUGAAGCCACCGGAUCCCUUUGCGGAAGUAUCGUCAGAAGUGUUGGAUGAUACCUGAAGGAGACUGCUGAAGUGACAGAAAACAAUGGAGCUCACAGUCAUUUUCAAAUAUUCACUUAGGCACGGAUGCGUAUGUAUAUUCUAAGUACUAAUUGUGAGUUGAGCGUGUGCUGGAGGAGUGUACAUAAAAUAAUUUUGUCUUGUAAAUUGGUGGUUUAAAUCCAUGCUCCACUAGGCCCGACGGUUGGGUCAGAUAUGUACUUCGGUCAGAUGUUGGACUGUCCCGAAUCUCCCACCGCCAGACUGAGGUGGAGGUGCGGAUGUGAUGUUGCUGAACUGCUCGAGAGGCAUCAGUCUAUGAAUCCUGCCUCUGCCUUCAAGAGCUGCUAAAGUAAAUUAGGGUGUUGAACCAGUCUGGCUUUCACUGGAGAGUUUUAGUGUCCUGUCGUGGCCUAGCUGCUAUUUCAGCCUGCUUUUUCACCCUGACAUGAAUAAAAAUCAGGGGAAGACCUGCAUAAAGGUGUUAAUUAUCGGCUUAAAAUAUCACCAAUCUGCAGCUUCGAUUUAAAAUGUUUUAUCAGUACCAGCCUUAAAAAAAAAAAAAAACCCAAAACAUUUUGCCAAGCAGAUUGUAUUAGUAGUCCAUAGGUUUUCAUUCCUACCUUGCAGGUGUUCAGGUGAUCAUCACGAUGCUGAUUAGAAAUGAGGAACACGUGAGUGAACUCAGCUGCUGGGGUGUUUGGGUGAAAUGGAUUUCGGGCCUCACUUAGAGCCACUGUGUUUCAGAAACCUUUUACACACAUCACACUGGGCAGCAAACUCAGCGCUGCCUCAGUGAGACAGGACGUUUUCAGGGUCGUGUUAUAAUGACAAAGUUUUCUUGUAUCAGCAGUCUCAUAGUCAUGAUCAAGUAGAACGGUUAGAUACCUUGACGUAAACUUAUUCAUCUUAUAAUGAGCGUAAGAGCUUGCUGAAACUAAACUCAGGCUUAUUCCAAAAGAAACUUUCCCACAAUCUUGUGCAAACAGGAUAAAACAAGUGGCCCAGUGGUGCUAACUUGCUCACACUGACUGUGCUGAUGUUAAGCAGGCUUAAUGUUCACCACAGUCACCACCUUAGCUUAGCUUAGCUUGUUAGCCUGUUAACAUUUGGUGAGGACAAAAACAUGCGAUGCAGGACACUUUUUGCUCUGAUGGUGAUGCCAAAAGAAAACUUCGGCAUCACCAAAAGUCAUCCUGAGGGGAAGAUGAAUUUCUGUACCAACCUUCAUGGUAAACCAUUCAAUAAUUGUUGAAAAAAAUUCACUCAGGGCCACAAAUAUAAAUCGCUAGAGGGUCAAGGGAAAGUCUCCAGAGCCACACUGCCAGUGUGCUGCUGCUUUGGGCGCUGUGAACAAAGAUUUGGACAUAAAACAAGAUACUUUGUCAUCAUAACAAGAACAUUUUUUGUUGUGGUAUUUACAUAAACGGUGGCAGUUUGCUGCUGGUGUUAAACUGCUGUGUACAGACUAAAGCAUGUUGUACUUGUGGCCACACCUCAGAGCAGCUGUGCAGUGCAGCAGUGGUUUUCUGUAGCCUGUGAUUCACUGUCGAGUUUUUCAAAUCACUGAUGUAGUCUCACAGCAGGUCUUCAGCGUUGACGUGAAGCUCUGCUCUGCACUCUGGAGGGAGAGAUGUACCACAACAGCGCUCAGUGACGAGGAUCCAUGUGCUGCUUUCACCAAAAUUCACCAAAACCCUUUCAAUUAAUCACAUGCAGUUUUGACUCAUCAUAUUUCAAAUUGCCAGACGUUGUCACCGUAUGAGCAAUAAAGGUGUAUGCCAUCAUUCCUUGUGGUAAAUCCUCUACCUAAGCCUGAGAAACCCACACUUCCUCCCUCACCGCUUGCACUAAAGGUUCCUGUGAGGCAGAUUUUUCCCUCCCCUGACGAUGAAAACAAGCAGAGGUUCAGCUCUGCUCCCUCAUAAUCCCUGUCUAACUUUAGGGCCCUCCAUGAAUCUGCACUGUGUGUCUAUGUACACAAAAAAGCUUUUUCUUUUUCUCUGUAAGCAAUAAUGACGUUGCAUUAAAAGGCUCUCUGAGGGUUUGUCUUCUGCUGCUGAAGGAUGCAACAAAACAGUAGUUCUGCCA